AUGCCGAGUGGGGAAAAUGAUGGCUCUGAGCUUUCUGUUUUCGAUGAUGAAAUUGUUGGGGGUAGUGAUUUUAGCUGUGGAUCCAAAAAAAAAAAAUCCACGCCAACUGGGAAGGGUGAAACUGCCAUCGACUUCACUGUUGGAAAACACGAGGAAAUUGUCUUUUCCUCCAUCCAAGCUAUGAUUUCUGAGAUGUUGUCCUCGGAAAUUGCGACUAAACACGUUGUUGGAAAAGACAUAUUUGAAGAUGAUUUACAGUUUUCUAGUGCAAGUCAUGCUGGAAGGCUUUGUUUGAUUUUGGAAUUGAAAAGUGCAACAAAGAUCUUGACGGUGGACGAUGCCUUGGUGGCGGUCAGAGGAGCGAUGACCAGUAGGUGA